AAAACAUAAACAACAUUGAAUUCGCUUAAAGAGGUCGUGCAGUCGGAGUGUUUGCGAGCGGAAAUAAAUCACAAAAUAAAGAAGGAAAAGAAUUGUCGGGAGAAUAGAAGCAUCGCAGCAACAACAACAACAACGAGAGAAGCAAGAAGAACAAAAGAAGCCGCUGCACCUGCGGAUCGAAGGCGAGUCUAUUCCUCCCCCCUCCCAAUUUCCCCGCAUAGGUGGAGGGACGUCCAAGCAGUUACUAUAAGUUUUGCUUCUCCAAGAUGUCCAAGUAUUCGGGAAAGAAAUGUCGCCUCCUCUCAAUGAUGUGGCUGACGGCCUUCUUCUUUUUCGUGGAAAUAAUUGUUGGCUAUGUAACGAACUCCAUGGCCUUGGUGGCGGACAGUUUUCACAUGUUGGGCGAUAUAGCAGCCUUGGUUAUAUCAUUCCUGUCGGUUAAGAUGUCACCCAAAAAAUGGUCAAAGAAUACCUUUGGUUGGGCUCGUGCCGAAGUUUUGGGGGCUUUGGUCAAUGCUGUCUUUCUGGUGGCUCUGUGCUUUAGCAUCACCAUCGAGGCAUGCAAAAGAUUCAUCGAAGAGGAACCCAUUCACGAGCCCAAAUUGCUGGUCAUUGUUGGUGCCUUGGGUCUGCUAGUUAAUGUGAUAGGCCUGUGUCUGCUCUAUGAGCAUGGCGGCCAUCAUGGGCAUUCGCAUGGCGGUGGCCUGACCCGGAACCACAGUCGCCUCACCGAAUUGGCCAACAUGAACGAUGGCGAGGAUGAGCCCAACGACUUUGCCUACGAGAAGCAGAAGGAGAAGCAGCAGGUGAAGAAAUCCAGCCACGGCCACAGCCACGAUCCCGGCUCAAUGAACAUGCGUGGCGCCUUUCUGCACGUCCUGAGCGAUGCAUUGGGCAGCAUUAUUGUGGUCAUCAGUGCGGUGGUUGUGUGGAAGACCGAAUGGAAAUAUCGCUACUACAUGGAUCCCGCCUUGUCCAUUGUGCUGGUGGUGCUCAUUCUGCAUUCGGUGUGGCCCCUGCUGCGGGAAUCCGCCUUGAUAUUGCUGCAGACAGUGCCAACCCACAUCCAGGUGGAUGCCAUACAGAAGCGACUGCUGGAGAAGGUCGACGGUGUGCUGGCGGUGCAUGAGUUUCACGUUUGGCAAUUGGCCGGGGAUCGGAUCAUUGCCUCUGCCCACAUACGGUGCCGCAAUUUGUCCGAGUACAUGAAGAUAGCCGAGAAGGUGAAGGAGUUUUUCCAUAACGAAGGCAUACACUCGACCACCAUUCAGCCCGAGUUCAGUGAGAUUGAAGGCUGCAACAUGUCCGAUGGCACUUCGAGCAUUAACAUGAGUGGAUCGGAUUGCUGUGCUCUGGACUGUCCCACCACCGAGGAGGGUUGUGUUAAGGCCACCUGUUGUCAGAAUAACAACAAAUUGAAUCAACUGCCCUCGCCCACCAAUUCACCGUAUUUGUGCCGACAGAGGAAUGCAGCACGCCAAGCUGGUGAUAUUGAGGCUGCUGGCUCACUCUUAGAGUCUGCUCCACAGCAGGCUAUAAUGCCAUCAAAUCGAGGUGGUGGGGCAUUGGCCACAGUGGCUGAUGCAACAGCCACGCCCAAGAGCGAUAUAGUCUGACAACAUCCAAUACAGCACGCACAACAACAACAACAACAGCAGCAGCAGCAGAACCAACAACAACAAGUACAUUUUGCCAUCCCAACAACAGCAACACCAACAACAUUUACAACAACAACAACAACAACAACACGUGAUAUAUCUAACCAACAAGUAGCUUCCAAUAGGGCAUCAUCAUCGAAAAACGAUAAAGAUAACAAUGACGAUGACGAUGAUGAUGAUAACGAUAAUGACGAUGAUGCCAAUUUAUCCUCGGUAACUGCCCAGCGAAGGCGUGAGUUGCAGCUACGUGUCGAGCAGCAGUGCCAGGAGCAGGUAACUCCACUUAGCACCCGGAACGGUGAUGAGGUGGCCCUUUAAUUUAGUUCUCGUUUAGAAUAUCGCUGCGCAAAUGGAGACUGGUCUGCCAUGCGGCAGUAAUUUUGUGUUUUUUUUUUUAGUUUUUGUUCUUUAGGUGAAUUUUAGGCAUAAAUAAUAUAUAGAGAGAGACAGAUAUAUAUAUAUUCGAUGUAGAGUGCCGGGUUGUUGCGUGUUUGUUUAGUGCUCUAGUUUAAUUGAAAUCAAUCAAACAAUAUUAAGAUCAUGCAAAAAAAAAAAAAAAAACAAAAAGAUACAGAAACUAAUAUGGCCAGAUUGAAGUGACCAUUUAUAUAUCUAUUAGAAAUAUAUAUAUAUAUUAACAUUAUAGUAUGUUAAAUAUCUAAUUCGAUUCUAGUUAAAAUUGAACUAGUUUAAGUUGAGAUAAAAAUGAACCCAACCUAUGCACAUACA